GGUCUCAGGAGUCGAGGCUUUAGUUACGGACCGCAACACAUCGUUCUUCCCUGCUCCAGAUGAAUGGCGAAAUUGAUGUUCUUCCCCAAACGGCCCUUCGGAAAAUAAAAUCUGGCUCCGGCUCCCUGAGUUCUGGUCACACGGGCUCAAGCAUCCAACUUCCAACGACGAAUUCAAAUGUUUACUCAAGCUUAUUAGACUGCCAUGAAUUCAGGAACUCUUCCAGCGGUAUCCUAUCCAUCGGAAGUGACCCUUCCUUCGAUGAUAAUUAUGACGAUACGCCCGACGACACCGGGGACUCCCACCUUUCUUCAGUCCUUUUUUCUAGCCGCGCAGCUUCUUCUGACUCUAGUUUGCUUUCUCCUACACUAACUGCAGCGGUUGACAGUAGCAAUUUGGACACAUAUAAAAUGACUGAAUCAGGCUUGUCGCCUGGCGCGUCAGUCUUCGAUAGCCUCAUGGGCAACCAGUCUUUACCCAUUCCAAAGCCAUCCACCUGCUAUCAGCCGGAAGUCGCUGAGGAGAAACUUGCUUGUCACCCGAACCGGUUAGACGAUUUAAAGAACGGGGUGGUUUCAUCAGAUAACAAUGCUUGCUGCGGUGACCCCGCUUUUCUUCAAACUUCCAGGACCGGGGAUACCUGCGACGACUCGGUGCCUAAAUUUUUGUUCUCUGUCAACAAUCUCGAAGACUUCCAACUAGCUCCACUACAACAUGAGUCACAGCAUCAAAAGCUAGAUCCAGGUACUUAUUCUUUUCAGAAUGGCUCAUACAAGUCGAAUCAGAGAUCGUUACAGGCUGGUGACAUCAGUUUCAACGUCUCAGAAAGAGAGCCUUUUGUUCCUCCUGUGACAGCGUGGAUGAAGUCUGCAGAUUCGACCCAACAAUCUGGAGACUUGACUUCUUUCACUUUUCCUAGUGAUAACUUACCUCAGCUUUUAGCCAACCCUCUGACCGACCAUCCUGCCAGCACCUUUGACAACGUAUUGAGUUCCUUGCCCUGCAGUUCGGUUGCAUCAGCUGCCGCCAGACGUGCGAUAACCGGUGGACACAAUAGCACUCGGUUUAGUCCUGCUUCUCGCCAAACGGUCUGGAACAAUACUACUAGCGGACCCGGAUCGGCUCUGGGAUCAGUGACAGGCAACUGGAAUAGUGCUGGUAGUUACGCGGCGAAGGCUAGUUCAAACGUUUCGGGUGUAUCUAGCUUGAUUUCCAGCCCUUCCAACAAUUCGGCACUGUGGAAUCAAAUGCUGAAUAACCCACUCGGCCAAGCAAAGUCAAGCAGCAUCACUAGCAUGCUUGGCAACUUGAGCCUUGGGAACGGAAGCGUUACUGAGAAUUCUAGUAACCGAUCACAUUCGAAUUGCACCGGCACGCCACUUAAUUCCGGUUUUCAUCCUACCAACAUCAAUAAAAACGCAUUUGGUGCUGGUCUUUCCAAUGUUUAUAGCAUGUUCCCUAAGCGUCCACAACACCGUAUGAUGGCUCAUUGGCAACAACAACAGCACCAUCAUAACCCCGGUACCCACCAGAACCAGACUUCGAAAAAUUCAGGCACUCUUCAAGCUGAGACUUUGCAAUUGGUAAAUGGUAAUCGUAUCCCACAUGAGGGUCUAGAGAUGAUCUCAGGCACCGGAGCUGCGGGUGACGUAAGCAGCGUCCUUAGCUACAAUAACAACUGUUCACUUCUUCACUCAUUGCCUACGAUCGCCCCGUCAUCCACCAUUAAUUCUUUGUCUAGUAUACCUGCUGAUUCGUUUUCUUCGAUUGUGCCCCCAACGAAUUCCAGUAAUGAUAGUGCCUCCCUGGACACUUUCAAGUUUGGUCUCGAUCAGCAUCUUAUGGAAGUCAUCAAGUCACUGGAAUCCAACGGUUUGAGCAACAAUGGAUCCAUGGGAUCAAACACGAAUAAUAAUAAUGAUGGAACCAACAUUGGAACACUGGAUGAAGUUGUAAUCCCGUCAUUCAAUGAAGUCGACCAGCAGUUCCCAAGCCUUGCCGGAGUGAAUCAACUACCUGUCGUAGGAGCGAAUGCAAUCACAAGCGGUGUGCCUGGCCUGGGAGGAAUGGGGUGUACAGCUUUCAGAAAUGUUUCGGGCCCUUCCUUGUUUGGGUCUGUUGGUAUGCCACAUGUGUACUCCAUGUUUCCAAGUAUCCCUUCUCGUGAGGAAGGCUAUUCACGCAAGGUUUUUGUUGGCGGUUUGCCACCGGACAUCGAUGAGGAGGAAAUCACCACAGCAUUUCGUCGAUUCGGUCCUCUUAUUGUGGAUUGGCCACACAAGACGGAAAGCAAGGCCUAUUUUCCUCCUAAAGGGUACUGCUUCCUACUCUUCCAAGACGAGCGUUCUGUUCAAAGCCUGAUCGGAGCCUGCAUUGUUGACGAGGGGAAGUACUAUUGGUGUGUAUCGUCCCCGACUAUGAAAGACAAACCGGUUCAGAUUCGCCCGUGGAAUUUGGCCGAUUCUGAUUUCGUGAUGGAUGGUUCACAGCCGCUAGAUCCGCGUAAGACGAUUUUUGUCGGUGGCGUCCCCCGGCCUCUCAGAGCCAUCGAAUUGGCGCUCAUCAUGGAUCGAUUGUACAGCGGUGUGUGUUAUGCAGGCAUCGACACCGAUCCCGAAUUGAAAUAUCCCAAAGGCGCUGGCCGAGUGGCGUUCUCCAACCAACAAAGCUACAUCGCAGCGAUCAGUGCCCGAUUUGUUCAACUGCAACACAAUGAAAUCGACAAACGCGUGAUGUGAAUCAAUGUACUUGAAUUCACCGCACUUCGACGCCAUGUUUGUGUUACUGUCAGGUAUUCUGUGCACAGUUGUGGAACAACGGAACUUGGUCACUCAUUCCAACAGCUUCACCACGGAGUUACCCAAUCCAACUACACUCUGAUGGAUCGUUUAGUGGAACGAGUUGAGGUCAAACCGUACGUGUUGGACAAUCAAAUGUGCGACGAAUGUCAAGGUGCCCGAUGCGGUGGCAAAUUCGCGCCGUUCUUCUGCGCCAACGUCACCUGUCUGCAGUACUAUUGUGAGCAAUGUUGGGUUCAAAUCCACAGCCGGAACGGCCGCGAGUACCACAAACCCCUAGUCAAAGAAGGUGCGGAACGUCCCCGACCUGCACUCUAUCGUUGGUAGAGGCAAUAAUCGAUGUAUUAGGUCAACGAUUUGAACCCAUCGUCGCCUAUCCGGUUCUGUUUCGCAGCACAUGAUUCUCCAAUCCCUUCCCCAGUUGGGAUGUUUGGGUUUUGUGAUUUGUUCUUUCGCCUGUGUGCGUUCCCAAUGUUCCCACCUAGCAGCCAUUCUUUUCCUGUGAAAGCUUGGCACCCAGCCAUAUGGUUGUAUCCCCCUAGGUUGCAACGCCUCAACAGCUUUUAUUUUUUGUCUUCAUUUCAUCGCUCGCUCGCUCUCUCACUACUCACAUAUUCGCUUUCCGUUUGCCCACUCUCGUCGGCUACGUGUGAUGACUACUCUCCUUGCUGGCCCGCGGCGGCGGCGGCAGCGGCGGCAUCCUUCGGUCAUUCUGCUUCGUUGUCGUAGUGAGAUUUCAUUCACAUUGCCAACCUUUAGUCUGUGAUCUCUCUUCUUCUCCCAUCAUUUGUCCUCCUUGCCUCUGUGUUCACUGUUAACUUCUCAUUUUCUCCCAUUUGCUUGCGUAGUCUCCUCCCUAAUGUGGUCACUUCGUUCUUCCGAAGCAAGUCCGUCCCGUUCGGGAGGCGAUCCCUUUUCUUAGCAUGUUAGUUCUAGCUGUGAUCCCCCGUCGUUUUGCCCAUUAUUUCUCUUCGUUGAAACUGUUUAUGCUAUUUUUCUCUUUCGUUAUAUCUUUUGUGGUUCGUUACCUUCGAUGUGUGUAUCACAACGUCAUCAUCGCCCUCUUGUCCGGAGUGCCUACUUCCCGUUGGAGUUGACACUUGGCUGCUCUCGAGACACUUUGUUUGAACGCACAUGGUCAAAAUAAGGCAAUAUCACACACACACGCAUCUUCCGGAUUGUUCUCGUGAUCUCCCACUGGCUCAGAAAGGCUGUGUCAUUCUAUGGCCAUUUACCUCGCGGCUCCUUAAUGCGUUCGGCAGCCAAACUUGCCCUCUGUGUCGUUGGAACCCCACUUUAUCCAUUGUCCCCUCACUGUUGCGCGCUGGUUCUUGUUUACACCGCUUGACUAUUCACCUCACCUUUUCAACACACACUCACACGCUCUCCCCCUAUUUUUAACUUACAGUGCUUUCACGUCCUCAUCCACUACCCACAUCUAGUUUCGGUUCCGUUGGACCACCAGUUAGGUUUUGUGUUCCUUCGAGCCGGUCAGUCUGCCUGCUUUGGGCACGUUAUUUUUGUAUGCCUGAUCCCUCCGCCUCCUCGUUGCUCGUUUGCUCAUUUUGUCGGAUACGCUUUCUAUUGUAUCUUUCUCACUCGAUUGUUGUUUUCCCCUCCACUCUCGAGGGGUGGAUGUGCUUUUGUUUCUGAGGUUGAAUUUUUCGUUCUUACACCACGACGAGUGAUCUUCCUGUGUGUCCGUUUCCCGUUCGCCGAGGACCGUCCACACACACUUCCAGUCCAUCAAACUUUAGCUGGCACAUCGUAUUUGUCGCGCGUAUUCGCGCGUGUAUGACUGCAUUUCUGGCUCACCUGUUCUACCUUUGGCUUUCACCAAAUUUGUUUUUAUACACUUGGCUCGUACACACACACACACACACACCCGUACUGAAGGCAUUUCCGAGAUCCACCUUAUCUAUCCGUUUGUAGUUUGCCUUUGCCCCUGUCGCUAUUUUCCAUACUACGCACUUGUACUCUGAAUUUCAUCGCACAAGAUGAAGACGACUGACUUCUCGUAGUGGCUUUUCCAACUGUUGUACUCUGUGUUUCAUACUACUAUCCUCGCGUCGUUUUCCAUCCUUCUUGUAGCCAAUCUGGGACUUGUUCAAUAUCCACGCGGUUAGGUACAGUAGUUGGCUUCCUGCACUUUGUAUUCACUCUGUUAGUGCUGCUACAUCCUCACUUGCGUGUGAUGUCGACCAUACGCUACUGUCAUUUUGUGGAUGUCUUCACUCAUUAUACCCAUCUGUUUGUGUUAUACCCUGGGUUUCCGCAACAACAACAACUUCCAUUCAGCCUUUCUGUUUCGAGAGGCUGACACUCUACAGCAACACAUCCUCUCUGUUUGCUAUCGAGUUUCACAUGGCUUUGCGCGAGUUUUUUUCUCCCUCUCACACAGGCGUACCCUCCCUCAGUCACACAUUUUCGUACUCUUUUUUUAAUUUUCCUCGCAUCACAAUUUGACAAAGAAACUUGAAAAAAUAUUUUCGUAGUGUUUUUACUGUUGCAUCUGCGUUUAUAGAUUUUCGCCUGCAUACAAAGCUCGUAGACUGACCGGCUUCAACAGACUUGAAUUUGUGGAUUUUGUUGCAAGUUAUUAGAUAAUCCUUUUUUCUUUUUACUCCUCCUCUUUUGUUGUGUUACACCAACUUUCAUACAUGUUUUGCGAAUUUAUAUACAAUGUGUUUUGAGAUAUCCUUUAAGAAUAUGCCAAUGGUUUCACACACACACGGACGCUUCCCAUUUAUCGACCAUGUCUCUUCCCCACUGCUCAUCCGCCGAGGUUCGCAUUUCCUCUCCUAUUAGCCUUUGCUUCCUACGCAUAUUUGUUAAUCUUGUUCAAGGUUACUCUCUUCUUCUGUUGGCGGGACCCAUUUCGGGUCGGUGCUGCAGUUUGACACUGUUACGCGAAUCCAACCAGUUGGUGGUUUGGCCCGACGUCACAUCACACACUGACUUACAUGCUAUCUCAUCUUUCACCUCUUCUUCUUCCGUUGCUUCUGCUGGACCUGCGUCUUCACUUACAUGUCUCUCUCUCGUCAAUGUGCAAUCAAAGUCUCCGGGGUUGUUGUUUCAUUUCCAACCGCGCUACUGCCUACCGAUCGCAUGCGAUUUUCUACAUUUUUUUCAUCUGGUUUAGUACUAUUUUUGUAAUUUAUAUUGAUUUGAGUAUUUUUUCCAGUUACGUUAUCAUCACCAAAGUGGACCGACCACUAGGCCACGUUUCUUCCAUUCUUCCCUGCCCCCUUGCUCCUGGCGCUUGGAGUCCCCUAUAAUAUUUCCAAUCAUCUGCCGUUUGUAUCUUGUUUGUUUUGUUUCCGAGUCGUUGAUGUCUUAGCAGUUUCUGAGUUACUAAUCCCACCACCCUGUUGUAGUCAUUCUCCAUCUGGUCUGCUGAUUUCUAACUAUGAUACACGUGCUGCUAUUGCAUCGUCCCCUUUGCAUCAGCAAUUGUUUAUGCAGCUGUUUCGUUUUAUCCAACCCUCCUCCCGUCCGUCCGUACGCACCGGACCUCUUCUUAGUAUCCUAGUUUUCUGCACUGUUGAUCCGGACUAUGGCCCUCAUCCACCUCCCCGCAUGAACAACUUCUGUGUUAUCGCCAUUGUCUUUUGUUCACUAUACGGUGGUCUCAACACAGCUUUACUAAUUC